AUGUCCAAAAGAGUUAAAGAUAUACCUAUGGAUAAUGGUGAGAAGAAGAAAAGGAAGCAUCUGUCUUUAUCAAUAGCUCAGAAAGUAGAGUUAUUACAGAAGCUUGAUGCUGGUGUGUCUGUAAGGUGUCUUACAGAAGAAUAUGGUGUGGGGACCACCACCAUAUAUGACUUAAAGAAACAGAAAGACAAAUUGCUGAAAUUUUACAGUGACAGUGAUAACCAAGAACUAAUGAAAAACAGAAAAACAUUACAUAGGGCCAAAAAUGAAGAUCUUGACCGUGUGUUAAUUGAAUGGAUUCGACAACAAAGAAGCAAAGAUAUGCCCCUGACUGGUUUAUUGGUCAUGAAACAAGCUAGAAUAUACCAUGAAGAACUGAACAUUGAAAGCGAGUGUGAAUAUUCAGAAGGGUGGCUGCAAAAAUUUAAAAAGCGUCAUGGAAUCAAAUAUCUUAAAAUGUGCGGUGAAAAAGCUUCUGCGGAUCAUGAAACAGCUGAAAAUUACAUUGACGAAUUUGCUAAGAUAAUAUCUGAUGGAAACCUUAGCCCUGAACAAAUUUACAAUGCUGAUGAAACAGCUCUGUACUGGUGCUAUGUUCCUAGAAAAACCUUAAUCAUGGCCAAUGAAAAGGUACCAACAGAUUUCAAGGAUGCCAAGCAAAGAUUAACUGUUCUUGGAUGUGCUAAUGCUGCAGGUACACAUAAGAUAAAACUGGCAGUGAUUGGGAAAAGCCUACCUCCAAAAUGUUUAAAAGGUACAGGCAGCUUACCUGUGCAUUAUUAUGCAAACAAAAAAGCAUCAGUAACCAGAGAAAUCUUUUCUGAUUGGUUCAAUAAGCACUUUGUGCCAGCAGCACGAGCUCACUGCAAGGAAGCCGGACUAGAAGACAAUUGCAAAAUUUUACUGUUCCUAGACAACUGUUCAGCACAUCCCCCUCCAGAACUACUUGUGAAAAAUUGUAAUGUUUUCAGCAUCUUCCUUCCCCUGAAUGUGACAUCCAUAAUACAGCCUUGUGACCAAGGAAUUUUACGCUCCAUGAAGAGCAAAUAUAAACACUUUUUCUUGAACAGGAUGCUUGCUUCAGUGAACASAGGCCUGAAAAUCCAGGACUUCCUUAAAGAAUUUAGUCUUAAGGAUGCCAUCUAUGCAAUUGCUAAUGCAUGGAAUGAUGUUGAUAAGUCAACAUUAACAAAUGCUUGGUAG